AGGUCUGCUCAUGUUGACAGCCCUGGUCAGCCAGGCUUUUGGGCAGUCCCACUGAAAAGCUUGGUCACUGACGUCAUUUGGCAACUUAGCUAUCGGUGACGGCAAGUGUUUGUUUUGGAUGGUAAUGAAACAGCUGGAAUUUGCCGUGGUUCGUGCUCCAUCCGUGAGCAAAGUUUGAUCAAAUCUGUAGCCCCUCUAACUUCGGGGAACAAAAGUUUAGUCGGCAUCUAUCUGGAAAUUCGCUUCAACUGUUCGAUAAGGAGACCAGCGUACGCGCAAAAGGAUACGGCCACCUGGUUGUAGCGCACGGAGCGAAAGGAGACAGGUGGGGGUAGGCGGCUACCGCGAACAAGUGUCGAUUUUUGUAAACUUUUACUCGUUUCCGGGUUUGGCUGUGGAAAGGACAUGUCUUCUCCCGGUAAGUCACCUCGCCUCCCACAUCCCGUGAGAAAGCUAGCUCGAACCAAGAGCAAGAAGAAACACUUUGUGCAUCAGAAGGUGGAGGUCUUCCGGGCAAGCAACUCUGUCCUCAGUGUAUUCAUUUGGGGGGUCAACCAUACGAUAAAUGAUCUGUCCCAGAUACCCGUCCCUGUCAUGCUGCUUCCGGACGACUUCAAAGCCAACACCAAGAUCAAGGUGAACAACCAUCUCUUCAACAAGGAGAAUCUUCCUGGCCAUUUCAAGUUCAAGGAGUACUGCCCACAAGUCUUCAGAAACCUCCGUGAGCGAUUUGGCAUUGAGGAUCUGGACUACCAGGCCUCUCUGGUGCGCAGUCCCCCCAUAGAGCACCCGGACUCCAAGCAGGAGGAGGGCCUGCUUCUCCUCUCCUACGACCGCACCCUCAUCAUCAAGGAGAUCUCCAGCGAGGAGGUGGAGGACAUGCUCAACAUCCUCUCCGAGUACCACCAGCACAUAGUGACGUGUCAUGGCAGUACGCUGCUGCCUCAGUUCCUGGGCCUGUACCGGGUCACGGUGGAGAGCGAGGACACCUACCUCAUGCUCAUGAGGAACAUGUUCAGCCACAGACUCGUCGUGCACAGGAAGUACGACCUCAAGGGUUCUCUGGUGUCACGUGAAGCAAGCGAUAAAGAGAAGGUGAAAGAGCUGCCUACGUAUAAAGAUGUAGACUUCCGCAAUAACAUGCAGAAGGUGUUUGUGAGCGAGGAGCAGAAGGAGAAGAUUAUGGAGAAGCUCAACAGAGAUGUAGAGUUCCUGGUGCAGCAGAGGAUCAUGGACUACAGCCUGCUGCUGGGCAUCCAUGAUGUGGACCGGGGGGAGCGCGAGGAAGAGGAGCUGGAGGAUUCCUCGCUGGAGGAGGAAGAAGAGGUGGCGAACGGCAUCCCCCUGCCCCCCGGGGCCCAGGCGCACUCCGCAGCCGGCUCCAUGGGCACCUCCCCUGAGGGGAUUGCGGGAUACAUGAACUCCUUCAAGCCUUUCGGACCUGGAGAGUUUGACCCCUACAUAGACGUGUACGCCAUUCAAAGUGACGUUGGUGCUCCCCAGCGGGAGGUCUACUUCAUGGGGCUGAUUGACGUGCUGACGCAGUAUGACACCAAGAAGAAAGCUGCCCACGCUGCCAAGACAGUCAAACAUGGGGCCGGCGCGGAGAUAUCCACGGUGCAUCCAGAGCAGUACGCCAAGCGCUUCCGAGAAUUCAUCGCCAACAUUUUCGCCUGAGUCCAUCAAGUCACACGGCCUCACCACUCCACAGCCCUUUCAGUGGAUGAGUACCGCAAUCACUCGUUUUAUUGACUGAAUUGACUGAAUGCCUAGCUCUUUGUCCUACUAUAGAAAUGACAAGAGAUUGCUCUGCUGAAGGAUUUUCGAGCCUGCUAUUGAGUGAAGAAGAUUUGAUAUAUUGGAUGUCCUUCAGGUGACAUCAGUAGUUUGUGAAAACUGCCAUAUGUCAUAGUUUGUAUAUGGAACGUACUGCGUUUGUGUUUACUUGUGUGAUAGCUAAAUGUAAGGUUAUAUUCAGGUGUCACCUAUUUUCUGUUGACGCAAGAAGACUAGCAACUAGCAUUGCAUUUGGUCAUAGCUAUAAAAAAAAUAAGCGGGGUGGCCCAGGUGAGAAGAAUACACUGGCAUUUCUGCAGCGUUAAUUUAACCCUUACAGAGUAACACCAACACUGAGUGUCAGAUUCAAUUCUCUGAGGUCGUUGAAUUAACACUGCAAAAUGUACUGUACAUUUUGUUCACAGUGAGAUGAGAGUCAUUUCUAAAUCAGUUAUUUAUAUGAUAUACUAUGUGAUUUAUUAAGCUAUUGUAUCUGAAAUGGAAUAUCAAAGUAUGUAGUAUGUUCUCAGACGAUCUAAUAUUACACUGUGUUGUUUGAGUAAAAUAUGUGUUUCAGAAAUAUGGAAAGCAUCACAAAUAUUGAAAGACUAUAUUGACUUUAUUUAUAUGAAGACUAUAUUUUAACUGUACGCAUGUGAAGAAAUAAAGGAACUGGACUGGCCUUGUUCUAUUUUUAGGAAAUUAUAUCAAGUAGCUGUUCCAUAUAGUAGAAUUGAUUGACACUAAUCUAUAAUGAACAUGUAUGUACAAUUCAAUUCAAGGCCAAAAUGUUAUUACUUUGUACAUUAAAUCUGGAAAUGUGAAGAAGCACCGCACAGAAAUAAUGCCUGUGUCUGUUUACUCUCUUGGUUUAUGCAAACCUUCCUAUUCUCUCCCCAGUUAGUGUCCUUACCAAAUGGAUGAUCAUAAAGUCGACAAAGAUUGAGAAGCCAUUUCGUUGUCAGCUAUUUGGGUGAUGGUGAUAUGGUGCCCUGAUCAGUCACUGGCCAAACAUGAUAUCCACCAUUCUGGCACUUCCCAUAAGGCAGUGUCCAGUGAAACCACUGAUGUAAGAAAAAUCUAAUAUGAAUCUAAUGUGAGUCUGAGACACCGCAAUAAG